UUUGACAUGGCGGGGACUCGGGUGUUGUUCCUUUUGACAUGGUUAUGUCGGAUUCUUUUAGGAUGCUGUUCUGGUGACAAUUCCGGAAAUGAAUAUAUCAUCACAUAUACAGAGAACGUAAAGAACGAUAACUCGUUGGAAAAAGCAGCUCCAGUAUAUCCACUGGAGAUGUUUAUACUCCCUUCAGGCGCCAGUCCAGUCACUGUAAAUGUUACAGCACCUUCAUUCUCAUCCUACCAGCUGUCGCAUCAAAUUACUGUUAAAAAUGACGACUCCGUUAAACUUGAAGUCGACAUUUCAUUACAACUAGCAGGAAAUGAACAAUCCUCAAAAGGAAUCCAUGUUCAGGCUAGUGGGGGCAUAGUGUUACUUAUUAUCAAUAGACAAAAAUACACAAGCGAUGGUUAUUUAGCUCUACCACUGAAUGCUCUAGGUACCGAGUACUAUGCCGUUACAGAAUUCCCCGACGAUCACUGCCAGUUCGCUAUCGUUGCAACACAAGACGGAACUGUUGUUGAUAUCAAACUUUCAAACAACGCGAAUGCGAAACCUGUACAGUUCGGUCAGAAUCAGUAUCAACCGGGUGACCAGUUUCAGGUGUCUUUGGACAAGUACGGUACAGUACAGAUACAAAGCACUGGAGAUCUAACAGGAUCCCGGAUCACCUCUAACAAACCAAUCACAUUCCUGAGCGGAAAUCGACGAACAGUAGUGAAAUCGGGUAUAAGUAGUGAUCAUUUAGUGGAACAGCUGUUCUCUGUGGACAAGUGGGGCAAAACGUACAGCGUUGUUCCAAUUCCUCAGAGGCCAGUUGGGGACUAUUUCAAAGUUGUUGCCAGUGAAGAUUCUACGUUGAUCCAGGUGGCAUGCCUAAAGGACGCCGACAGUUACGAUACGUCGGUAUCACUUGCAAGUGCCGGAGACUUUGAAAUGUUGCAUAUUUCGCCUGGACGGUAUUGCUCAUUCAUUUCAAACCAUGCAAUUAUGGUCGUGCAAUUUGUCUUGAGCCAGUCAAGCAAUAGCGACAAGCACGAUCCCUCCAUGAUUCUGAUAGCCCCGAGGGAACAGUACAUGCCCGGUUAUAUAUUCACAACGCCAAGAAUUGACCAAGGCAGCUAUGAGAAUUUCUUAAUGCUUAUAAUACCGGCUAGUCAGAAGACUGGUCUCCGCCUUGACGGGAAUGAACUCCCAAGUAAUACGAACUUCCAGGACAUACCAGGGACCAACUUGACAGGAUGUUAUAUAAUUGUUACUGAUGGAUACCAUCAUAUCCACCAUGUGUCGCCUAUAGCAGCUUUCUCUGGGAUCCUGUACGGCCGCGCAAAGUACGAGAGUUAUGGGGUAUCUGUCGGACUCCGCCUCGGACCAGCCAACCUUCCGUGUACGCCUACAGCCAGUGUGGAUUCAGACGGGAUAGACAACGACUGUGAUGGUCUCGUAGACGAAGAACUAUGUACGGCAGAAAAUAGCGGAGCAGAUGACGAUGGUGACGGGGUAUCGGACGAAGACUGUGUGCUACCCUAUCCCGUUGAUGGCAUAUGGACAGAAUGGAGCGAAUGGCAAGAAUGUAGUAUCACAUGUUCCGAUAGCAAGGCCGUACAAGGAACGAAAACGCGACAGCGGAACUGUACAGAGCCUAUGUACGGAGGAGACCCAUGUUCUGGUUCCAGUGAAGACACAGCUUCGUGUACCUCGCAGUCACCCUGCCCAGUUGACGGGAACUGGGGCACUUGGACAGCAUGGGGUGACUGUUCUAUGACUUGUAAUCCAUACCAGGGCUCUGACCUCGUCGUACAUGGCACGCAAACACGGUCACGGACCUGUACAAACCCUUCUCCUCAGCAUGGUGGCAAUCCCUGUGACGGGGAUUCUGAGGAUUCCGGGCUUUGUCAAAAAGACACUGCUUGUCCAGAUACCAAUGGCAACUGGGGUGCUUGGGAGGAAUGGUCUGAUUGCCUGCGUUUCCGUUUCCGGUCAUGUGACAACCCUGCCCCUUCACCAACCGGACAGUACUGUGUUGGGCCUGGAAAUGAUUCUAGUACAUGCGAUGUCACAAGCCCAGUUCGAGCAGUCCAGAAUCCUGCUACACGUCCAUCAUGUGAUUGUCCGGUCCUUAGUGCAACAACCACGACACUCCGUCCAGUUCCAACCACUCCAGGUAACAUGGCUAUUGUUAUGGAACAGCUAAACCGGGAACUACGUCGAGACCGGAAGAACCUGUCCAAGUAUAAGCGAUCACUUGGUAGUGCGUCUGAUAGUCGACAGAGCAGCAUGCUCAUUGGUUCAGUAAUAGCGUUUAUUAUUGUCGCUAUCAUGGCAGCCUUUCUUAUCAUGGAUUUGGAGAAGAUAUAUCGCUUCCUGCGUGACCAAAAAGACGAAGAACGGGACAUCCAAUAGUUGGUCGUACAGACUAUGUGGAUGUGUGAGAUACUUUCCCGGAACUAAAGAAAGUAUAUUAUUUUAUAAAUAAUAUGUACAAGAUUUUAUCUAAAUCGCAGAUUUUGUGAAAUCUGUAAUCCUAAGGAAAAUAUGAAGUAUGUGAAACAAUCUUUUUGAGAUUGGUGGGGAUUUAUAUAUUGCUAUUUAACAUACCUAAUUGUCACCAUAUUUAUUUAUGUACAAAAGGAGUUAUGGUGUUUGUAUAUGUAUUUAAUAUAUCAUAUGUGUUCUGUUACCCUUCGGUUAUUGGUAGAUUAUGAUAUUUGUCCUUGUUUCUUCCAUAUACUUUUAAUGUAAAAAGUUUACGUCAGCAUUAAGAGUUACCUCGCUUGGUACUGCGACGUAUUGUUGUCGUUCUCUGACUUUUACUUUCGGUUUCGAUUCUUGGAAUUACCCAUAAUUCCAAUAAUUCCAAGGUGAAAAAAAACAAACAUGUCAACCAGAAUGCUUCGUCAGGAAUCAAUAUAAGGAAAGGUCCCCCAUAGUGUAAGUUCUUUCCCUUUCCCAUACUGUAUUCAUUUGUAUUAUGAUUAUAUGUAUCGAUCCAUGUUUGUAAAGUUUCUAGAGGUGAAAUGAUGCUGAUAUUUUGAUGUCAUACGCAUUGAACUAGAAUCAUGCUAUUUUUCGCAGAAGCACAUGGUUUCAAAAAUGUUGUAAUUUCAUUUGACAACCCUUUUUUGUACUUUGUUACACCUCUAUAACAGUUAAUGACUCAAAGUUUAUUUGUUCGGGACUCUUCAUACUUGGCUCGAGAUAAAUAGAAAUAUUUCUAGUCAUAUAGAAUAAAUUUAUAGUCUGUGAAAUGGUAUUAAUUUACAGUCGGGUUAGGUCACAUGUUAUGUUUAUCACAAUGUAUAUAUAUAAAUAAAACAACCUAUUUGUCAGGCAUGUGUGGCCAGGCACAUUUCAUUGUAAGAUAUUCAAAUUUCUUCUUCUUGUUGUGAUUUGUGAAAACAGAAUCUCUUUAGUCAUUUUAUUAUUAUGUCUGUGUUUACAGCAAACCAUGUAUACAAUUUUGCUAUAUUCAAUUUCAAUUUAAAUCAAAUUAGAAUAAAUUUGAUAACAUGCAUAUUGUAGAUUAAACUCCUUAUUAAUUAACAUGUUUUAUAGGCAUAUAUAGGCAAGUCCUGAACUUGUAUAGGCAAUUUUCCAUGUAUUGGCAAUUUUUUGCAUACUUGGCAAUUUUGUUAAUUGGCAAUUUAUUGGCAAUUAUAUAGUUGUCAUUUCUUGGCAAAUGUUGGCAAUUUUAAGGCAAAUGUUGGCAAUUUUAGUCAAUUUCUUGUGCUAUAGGCAAUAGUUGAGGUUUUGUAAUUUCUCAUUGUAGGUCUCUACCCUCAACUCAACUUGGAGGUUUGUGUUUGUGUGACAUAAAAUGGAAAUUGAAAUAAAGGAACUAAUCGAAAAACAGAACUUAGGCUUUUACUGUCCAGAACAGCACAAUAUGUUAUGCACGUGUAAAUUGUCCUGUCGCAGUAUCCGGUUUUGGUGUUACGUGUGUUCAGUUCAGAAUAUAAAUAGGGUAUGACUGUAUGCGAGAUGUUGUAUAUAUUGAUAUUGUAUUAUUGUUGUAGGUCUCUAUGAUUUUAGUCAUAUAAUGAUGAGCACAAUAUAUCAAAACGCAGCCUCCCAAAACACGCAUACGCACUCACCACAUGCAUGCAAAUUAGAAUAAAUUUGAUAACAUGCAUAUUGUAGAUUAAACUCCUUAUUAAUUAACAUGUUUUAUAGGCAUAUAUAGGCAAGUCCUGAACUUGUAUAGGCAAUUUUCCAUGUAUUGGCAAUUUUUUGCAUACUUGGCAAUUUUGUUAAUUGGCAAUUUAUUGGCAAUUAUAUAGUUGUCAUUUCUUGGCAAAUGUUGGCAAUUUUAAGGCAAAUGUUGGCAAUUUUAGUCAAUUUCUUGUGCUAUAGGCAAUAGUUGAGGUUUUGUAAUUUCUCAUUGUAGGUCUCUACCCUCAACUCAACUUGGAGGUUUGUGUUUGUGUGACAUAAAAUGGAAAUUGAAAUAAAGGAACUAAUCGA